AUGGUAAAUAGGUACCAAGAGGGCAAAGAAGCACCAGGGCCUCCAACUCGUCAGAGCUUUUGUGAGAAGUUGGAAAAGGUUCCUGUCCAGCCGCAUGGCACACCUGCUCUUUCCAUCACUAGCAAGGAAGAGCUGGAAUUUAAACCAGGACUUCUAACUGCUCAAACAGCUACCAGCCUAUGGGAUGCAUAUUCAGGCCUAUUAAGUAAUCAAGCCAUGAUCCUGGCCAUGAAUUCCAGCUUCGUGGAUCCCUCAUUGCAAUUUGAAACUCAACUGAAGAUAACAGAGUCAUCCUUUAAAAUGGUAUUUUCUAUACCAAGUCUUGACAAAGUGAAAGAAAUAGGGAAGAGUGAAGAUAAGCAAGAGGACCUGGAGACUUUAUACCGAAGUAUUUUCAACGUGUAUGAGGACACUCUUCUGAUCUUAGUGUCUAAAGACUUCUACAAACUGCAAAUCUUAAAGGAAAUGGCUGUGUGGAUGAAUGAAGACAGUUCAUACCUGCAGGAAAGAGCCAUGGUGAUCAUCAGCAGAGUCCUAAGCUUUGCAUCCAGGAAAGUCAAAGGAUAUACAAGUGUUGAUGCUCCAUGUUUGGGUAUCCUGGCAGCAGAACUGUCUCUUUUGUGUUCUCACACUGAUCCCUCAAUCACACAACAAGCAUCCUUGGGAAUGUAUCACCUCCUCUGCAUUGCAAAGUGUCAGACGGAUAUUGCAAAAAAUAAAACGACAAAGUAUGCUAAGCCUGGAAGUCACUGCCUCCAGCCUUCUCCCUCUGAUACAGAAUUCCUACCCAAGAUCUUGCAGAGGGACAAAACUAAAAUUGCUCAGAGUGUAGGAAAAACCUUAUUGCCAUCCCUACUGACUGACUUUGUGUGGACUCUCCUGAUGAAACUCUCUGUACCUGACCCUGUAACUGCAUCUGAGGCGGCAGCCAUACUGAAACUGACUCUGGAAUAUCAUGCCCCUAAGGUCACCAUGGUGUCUAAAAUUGUGGAUGCUAUUUAUAAGCAACUGCGUGCAAAUGCUUCACACACUAUGAAGCAAGCCAUGUUGCGGGUCAUCACUCUGUUGACACGUACUUCACCAAAGAAGGUCAUCUUUCAACUUAUGGACUACCCAGUCCCAGCAGACAACACUUUGAUACUGAUGUGGCAAGCAGCCGGUUCUGAGUCAAGUGUGGCCCCUCACGUACUGAAGACAAUCUUGCUGAUACUGAAAGGAAAGCCUGGGGAAAUGCAGGAAAGAAUAACGGAAAGAAAACGUUUCUCUCUCGACAUUACUAACAUGAUGCCUGUGGCGGCAUCCCAGGCCCUGUGCACAUUGCUGCCUGUUGGUUGUUACAAGAAAGCAGUGGCCCAGUUUUUCCCCCAGCUUUUGAUGGCCCUCAUGCUUCAACUCUUUUACAGCAGCAACCUGAGACUGUUGACAGAGGACAGGCCUUUCUAUGCCUGCAAUGCCCUGAGAGUUCUGCUGAAUUGUUCUGGACUACAACAGGUCAAUACCGCUCUACAGAGAAAGAACUGCUGGAACCAGUUUUCCCAGGUGCUGUUUCACCAUCACGGAGUCUACCUUGUUGCCAAAACUCUCAGUGAAUACAACUUUCCACAAUUUCCAGAGACUUUGCACUAUCUCUACAAGCUCUCUGUGGAAGGUCCUAGAAGGUCAGAAGACAGUGUCAUCACAAUAAUAUUCCUCACUGAACUUCUCAACAACUUCUUCAAGGACCCAUUCCCAGAGGAAUUUUUGGUUCUCUUCAGAAACUGGGUCAAUGACUCUGACCCUGCAGUUAGCAAACUGAGCCUUCAGAAAAUUGCCAGCAUGGCACCAGUUAUCAAUGAGAUAGAAAAUGUCAGCAGCUUAUUAUUAUCCAUCGUGGAUGCCUUCCUUUCCAAAGACAAGACUGUUGUAAUUCGGGCCUUCAUGACCCUUCGAAGUCUUCUAGUCAGACUGGACAAGGUGACCUACUCCUCCCUGUGUGCCAAAAUUGCUUCCAGCUACUGUCCUCUGAUGGAUCAUAGUAAUGGAGGCAUUCGGAGUAUGGCCAUUCGACACUUUGGUGAGUUACUCAGGGACAUGAGUCAUUACACAUGGAUGCUAAAUGAUGUGGUUUUCAGAGGCUUGGUGCCUCUGAUCCUGUUUUUGGAAGAUACAGAAGCAAGAGUAGUUAAAGCAUGUAAACAUACACUAGGAAUCUGUGCCUCAGAAUUAAAAUGGUCGACAUCAUACUUGUUCAAUGACGAAUACUACAGUUUUGAGCUGGUAGUGCUCAACAUCUGUAACAACCUUCUUAUUUCUCACGGGAACUACAUUACAGAUUUAAUAUCUGAUACCUUAGGAUACCUGAGGAGCUCCAGAACACAUCUGAGGAGAGCAUCAGUUAUUUUAAUAGGAUACUUGGCAAAAUUGGGUGGUUAUUUACUGCACAGAGAUGAACUUGAAGUCAUGCUUGAGGCUGUUGACCGAGUGCUUCGGGAUGACGAUCCUACUAUCAGGGAACUGGCAGGAAUAACACACAAACUUUUUAAGGAAAUAGCCUAUACGCUGACCUCCUCAAAUAUUAAACAAAGCUUCCGAAGAUUCUUUAACUUCAUCUACAUCAAAAAAUUAGAGCCUCUUUAUAAUUAUAACCUGCCCAAGCACCUGACAGGCAGUCCUAUGGGGAUUAAAGAAACCAAGAAUGAUUAGGAAGCCAAUGUAGAGGAUAAUUAUGAAGACGAACUGGUAAAGAAUGAGAGGUUCGCCAGUGUUAUGGAGCACACCU